AUGUCCAUCAUCCAGCACCACACCGCCGCCUCCCUCAGCGACGCCUGGCGCACCGUCAACAUCGACAUCCUGACCGAGGACUCGAGCGUCAACUUUGACACGUCGACGCUGCGCCCGCCGCAGCCCGAGAUCGCCGAGGCCGACGUCCGCGCGCUGGCCUCGCAGGUGCGGCAGCUGCUGAGGGGGGGCGACGCCGAGGGCGCGCUGAGGAGCUGUCUCGAGACGCCCGUGUAUAACGGGACGGAUGCUGCAAAGGAGGCGCAUUUGCAGACUAUCAUCGAGGUCCUGCAGUCCAUCAAGGCGAGCGACAUGACGCCCCUGCUCAGGGGAAUCUACGCGGCCCCCGGCGGAAGCGAGCUCCUCGACGUCCUCAUGAAGUACAUCUACAAGGGAAUGGCCAGCGGAGUGCCCGCCGCCGCAGGACUCAAGUCCCCCGCCAAGAUGACGCCCCAGUCCACCGGCUUCAGCCAGAUCGGCUCACGGCCCGGCGUGUCCAACGAGCCCGCGUCGGCCGCCAUGAGCGUGCUGCUGAGCUGGCAUGAGAAGCUGGUGGAGGUUGCCGGGCUGGGAUGCAUUGGCCGGACGAUGACGGACUGGCGGAGGGUAUGA